UCACACCUACAAGGAGCAACUACAUUCUAGCCACUUCCGUCAACAACAUGGUGCGGCGGCCGUGCUGCACGUGCUCCGCGGAGAGCGCCCGGUACCGGUGUCCGCGCUGCCGGCUCCAGUAUUGUUCAGUCGUCUGCUGUAAGAAACAUAAAGAAACAUGUCUUCCAAAAGAAGAAAAAGAAGCCCUCAGUUCAUCAAGUUUUCCCGAUGUGAUGUCAACAAGAGGAGAUUUAACUGGUGAAAAUGAUGAAUCGGAUGCCAUUUCAUUGCAAAAGCUCCUGCUGCUGGGCAAAUCGGAAGAGCUGAAAGGUUUAUUACUGAAUGCACAUCUGCGACAGCUGCUUGUGACACUGGACCAGACGGAGGGUAAAGGUCAAGAGCUGAAGAAGUUCAUGCAGGAGCCGCUGUUUGUAGAGUUUGCCGACCGUUGUCUGUCUCUUGUGGAGGCAGAAGGAAAGGAGAACCUUUACCCCAAGAGCUGAAUUCAUCUGCAUUAGUUGUAUAUCUUGUACAUGUUUUUCUAACGCUGUAACAACUUAUAUUUUUAAUAAACUGAGCUCCAAACAUAACACAAAUAUAUUAAUUUAUUGUUCGUAAUUAGAAAUAAAUUAGCCUGUGAACACCG